GGAGCGGGCGGCGCCCAGGAGGGAGGCACCGGGCCGCAGGCCAAGCCGACCGGGCACUCGCUGCAAAAACUAACUUCUGCAGGUGCCUGGCGUCCAGAUGUGUGAGGAAAAGGGGGAAAUGAAUACCCGAGAAGCCCGCCUCCAGUAGGCCUUGGAUCAUCCGGGAGCCAGGAGAAACCAGGUCACAAUUUGGGUUUGCAGCAAAAAUGCUUUCAGAACAGACAGCAGCCCUGGGGACAGGAUGGGAGUCAAUGAAUGUCCAGCUGGAUGGAGCAGAGCCCCAGGUGGAAAGGGGAACCCAGGAAGAGGGGCCAUGGAGAACAGCACCAGAGCCACUGGAGCACCUGUGCUGUGAUCUUCAAGAGGAGCCACAGUCCUUUCAGGAGAAGGCUCAGUCAGCUCCCUGGGUUCCUGCCAUUCCCCAGGAGGGGAGCACCGGAGAUUGGGAGAUGGCAGCUGCACUUCUUGCGGCCGGAUCACAGGGCCUGGUAACCAUCAAGGAUGUCUCACUGUGCUUUUCUCAGGAGGAGUGGCGGAGCCUGGACCCCUCUCAGACAGACUUUUAUGGAGAAUAUGUUAUGCAGGAAAACUGUGGGAUAGUGGUCUCUCUAAGAUUUCCAAUUCCCAAACUGGACAUGCUUUCUCAACUAGAAGGAGGGGAAGAACAAUGGGUCCCUGACCCCCAGGACUUAGAGGAGAGGGACAUCUUGAGGGUCACGUAUACAGGAGAUGGAAGUGAGCAUGAGGGAGAUACCCCUGAACUAGAAGCAGAACCUCCCAGAAUGUUAUCUAGUGUGUCCGAAGAUACUGUGCUCUGGAACCCAGAGCAGGAUGAGAGGUGGGAUUCCAUGCCCAGGAGCUCCAGGGGAAUGCUCCUGGGCCCACCUUUUCUUCAGGAAGAUAGCUUCUCAAACCUUCUGUGUAGCACAGAGAUGGAUUCCCUGUUAAGACCGCACACAUGCCCUCAAUGUGGGAAACAGUUUGUGUGGGGCUCCCACCUUGCCAGACACCAGCAAACACACACUGGGGAGAGGCCCUACAGCUGCCUCAAGUGUGAGAAGAGCUUUGGGCGAAGACAUCACCUGAUCCGGCACCAGAAAACUCACCUACAUGACAAGCCCAGCAGGUGCUCUGAGUGUGGCAAGAAUUUCCGAUGCAACUCCCAUCUGGCCAGCCACCAGCGAGUGCACACAGAAGGCAAAUCCUGCAAGAGCCAAGAGGUUGGAGAGAGCCCUGGGGCUAGGAAACGACAACGUGCCCCACCGGUGCCAAAGUGCCAUGUGUGCACUGAGUGUGGGAAGAGCUUUGGCCGACGGCACCACUUGGUGAGACACUGGCUGACCCAUACGGGGGAGAAGCCCUUUCAGUGCCCUCGCUGUGAGAAGAGCUUCGGCCGUAAACAUCACCUGGACAGGCACCUGCUGACCCAUCAGGGACAAAGUCCCCGGAGCAGCUGGGACAGAGGGACAUCUGUCUUUUGAAAUCUGUUUCUGCUGCAGCUGUGGUCACAUCCAUCAGCCGGUGCUAUCAGGAGUCUCUGCCAGAGCUGCCCCGCUCUUGCACCCCAGUGGCCAGAACCAUAAGCCCUGGCCCCAUCCCUGGAAAGAUGAGGUUCCAGCAUUGGCCAGAGCAUUUCUCACCAGUUCUGUGAGAUACCACAUAAAAUAGAGUUCUUUGGGCAAAACUUUUGGGAAACAAUGCUUACAUGGGCUGAUAUUCAGCCUGAGCCCAUUCUCAAGGGUACAGUGGUACUAGCAGUUUAUGGCUGAGGUCCAUUCUAAGUGGUUGGAGCCUAUGCCAUACCAGUUGUUAAAUAUUCUGAGUAUCACGUUUGUAUACCAUAACUAUUAUAUUCUCUCUAUUUGUAGAGAGAGAGACUCUAUUAGCAUAUCAAAGGCUCUGAAAACUUGCAGUAGAGCAAAUUGUUAAGCCUCUUUUAAUGCAGUGUUUCCUAAAUUUAUUUGACCUCAGUAUCUUUUCUAUCUCACAUCCCGCAGAACUGGUGACUCCAUGAAACACACUCUGGUGAACACUGGGUUGGAGAGUAAUGAGGAAACAGGAAAGAGAUAGUGAUCAGGCACCCAGAGCCCCUUUUUUUAAUCCAAAUGAAAGCCAAGGGGCAGACCUCAUUCCUGUGUGGGUCUAUCACCCUUAAUCCUAUCAUCUGAAUAUACAUCCACAUCUCUCACCCCCACCUGCUGAAAAAUAGAAAGAAUAACCUUUUCACCCCCUUAUUCCUAUUCCCUUCAUCCUGCACAUACAUAUAUCCAGCUGAGAGAUCACACUACAAUGCUAAGAGAUGAACCUUAUACCCCUAAGUAACCCAGGCCCACACAGAAGAAAAAAACUUUAUCCCCUUGAACAGACCCCUCUCCUCUUGACUGUGUCUUUAUGUGUCUAUGUGUAUCUGUGUGCAGGGUCUUUGAAGAGAGCAUGCAAAGUGCAAACUGUACAAGCUAGAUGUUCUAGGGGCUGUGUUCUGGGGAUGAGGGUAGUGGGGAUUGUAUGGGGGUUUUUUGUUUUGUUUCAAAAUAGGAAGUAACCUGAGCGAUGAUUAAGGGAGCCCUAGUGGAAAUGGUUAAGUGAUGGGUUAAGUUGUGGGUAUCGAGGUAUAAAGCCUUCCCCAGUAUCACUGAGGUCAAGACAACUUUGGAUAUGUAUGUCUAGGUCUGACUCUCUGGGGCAGAUUCUUUUUGCCUGGUAGGAAGGAGAAAGAGACAUCCUCAAUGAAGUGAGCUGUUUCUUGUUGAUUUCAAGCAAAGUGCAUAUAGAAGCUUUGUGCUGAGUAGGUUUUUUGUCUGUUUUAAGUGCUGGGAAAUUAGGGCAGGAAUCACAGUUGCAGGUUAUUGUCAUCACUCUUGUUUGACCUUGAUUGCCUCAUCGAGGGAGCAGAGUUAUUCUUGAGGAUCUCAUUCUCCCAGAAACAGAACUCUAGGGGAAAUGGCUAUGCUUUAAGCUUUUCAGCUGAUACAGGGUAAUGAGCUUUCUGGUUGGUUUUCCUCCCAAUUCUGGGAAGGUGUCUACCCUAAGACUCUUAACUCCGGGACUUGCAUAAGUAUUCUAGCAUCUGUUAGUUGAUGAGUUGGUCGUUGUUUCUCUUUAUUGAUGAUGUGUUAAUACCAGUCUUAUAAUUUAAAAAUUAUCUUGUAUGUAGGAGCAGUUUGGGGUUAGGGAAGGAGAGGAGCAAAGAGGAUGGAAAUGGGAUAUUUCUCUUUAAUGCUUAGAUUCUGGUUUUUCCUUAACGUGCUUAUUUCUCAUCAAUUUGUGGAAUUAACCAGAGAAGCAAGAAGUGAGCUGCAACAAUCUAGUUUAAUGACUGUCCCAUUUGCUUAGGUAAAACUGGGUGAAUCACAGCUCCUCAGAGUCCUGGCCCCAGAUGGAGCUGAAAAUAGGAUUAUUUUGCUGAAUGGGCUUCUUAGAGUGGAUAGGAUAGCAACCCAGCCCCUGCCUCCCUUCUGCUGCUCAGAGCCGCCUUCCUUUUUUGCCUGGAAUGUACUUCUCUUGCUAUGUUCCUUUGAAUAGAGAAAAAAUGGCCAGCCCUUUGUGGUGGCUUUGUCCUAGGUCCUCAGAGACAGGAGCGUUUUAGGAUCAAGAUUAGGAGAUGCCCCAAGGAAUAGGAAAGUAUUGGCUUCCAGUGGUAAAACUGGACUAUGCCAUUUCUUUUACCCUCCUACCAUGCCUCAUUCAUUAAUGCAAAUCAUCUCUGUAAGCAGUGGUUCAGAACGUGUUUUGGGUCACAGACCCUUUUGAGAAUCUGCUAAAAACCAGAAACUCAUUUUCAAGACAAAUAGACAUUAGCAAUUCACACUGUUUUGCAUACACAUUUAGCAGGUUCAGAGCCCAUCCAUGGAAUCAGUAAACUGGGGUCAAAGAAAAGGAGUUACCCUGACCCAAUGGUCAUUAUAUAUAUUUGUGUCAAGAAUUACAAGGCAAGGAUCACUAAAUAUUUUAAGGACUAAGAUACCAGAGGCAGUAGGGUAUAAGGAUAGAGUCUGGUCUUUAAUGACUAGAAGGGUAUUGCUUACAUUCUACUCUAUGUUUUUAAAAAAAAUAUGACAUGCUGACAAAUGCAGCUCCUCACAAACCUUGUUUUAAAGACUUGUGGGAGGUGACUCUUGGUACUAUCAUAUCACACCUCUUAAUAAGCAGACAUUAACCUCCAGCCUUUGAUGUGUUUUAGUAAUUGUUAGGAUAGAGAGUGAAGGCCCCAAGUGUAGGUGCAGUCAUAGCACCCAACUGAAUGGCAUCCAGGAGUCUAAGGGCCUUCUGCAGAAGGGGCAUCCUUUUAGGUCAUUUCUGCUGUACCACUGUCUUCUCUACCUCGGUCCAACACCACUUCCCUUGGACAAAAAAUAAAAUAAACAACAGCCAUCAGAUGAUUGAAUAGAUGUGAAUGAUUUUUCCCACAGGGAAUGAGCCUCAAACUUCCAUCUUCCUCCCAACUCCCUCUGCCACAUGUCUACCCUAUUCCCUUUAAAUAAAAAAUGUCUCUGUGUUCUCUCUGGGCAAAAUGUAAAAUAGAGAAGUCCAUCUUCAGGAACCUGUCCCUUUUUUCCCCUCUAUGGUGACUCUACCCUAUUCAGGGCCCAAGUGUCCUCUCCUUUCCCCCCAUCAAAGUAUCUAUGCAAAGCAUCCCUUACACUGGAGAACAUAACCCAAAGUGUUAGCUUUUCCCAGAGCUGUUUACAUUGUAAGCCUUUCAGCUCUGAUAGUGGAAGUGGAAGGGAAAGCUUUUCCCUUGUUAAAGUGAUGUUAUGCCUUCAGGGAGCUAAAGGGGUGAUAAUUUGGGACAAAAUCCUUCCUUUUCCAGCACUGCUGCACUCAGACCACUGUUUCUUAUUUCCAUCAAGGGCAAGGUGAGCCCUGACUCAGAACCAGAGAUGCCAGAAGACAGCUUCUUUCCAUCUGUAUUCAGAUGGGUGCACUGGUGUGAGAGGGGCUGGGCAAUAACAGAAAAGUGAAAUCUAUUCCCUUAGACCCCUUGGAGAUCCUGAGCUGGCAAAAUUUCCUUCUGUUCCCUGGAGUGCUAUAUUAGGUUGCAGGUCUCAAAAUGUAGCCUUUGGACCAGCAGCAUCAACAUCACCUGGGAACUUGUUUUAGGAAUGCAAAUUCUCAGGCUCCAGCCCAGACAAACUGAAUCAGAAACUCUAGGGGUGGAGCCCAGCACAGAGGUAGAGAGUAAGGCCAGCUGUCUCAGGCCCUUAAGGACCCAAGUUUUUCAACCUCACAUGCCUUCCAGGAUAUCUGAUGUAUGCUAAAGUUUGAGAACCACUGGCUAGGAGACUCAAAUUCCAUUUCAAUCAGUGGUACCUCACCCUCUUCAAAUGGGGAGAGAGGAGUUCUUCACACUUUGGUUGUCAGAUUUAUUUUCUGCAAACUUCUCUAGGCUAGUUACUCCUCAGUUCUGUUCCCCUUGAGUCCCAAGGUCUUUCCACCCUUAAGUCAGUGAAAGGACUGGGUUAGUCACCAAUUUCAGAAACUGGUGGGGCAACUCCCAAGUUGCUGCGAUUCCUUGGGGCUGGAGCUUCUAAAAUGGGUGCUGAGGAUUUGUGGGUCCAGAAAUCUGAAAGGACAAAAAAGAGCAGACAGCUCAAGGGAAAUCCAAUGUAAAACUGAAAAACUGACACCCAAGGAAAUGGUCCUCCUUUGCUUGUUAUCUGGUCCUUUUCCAGGCCUAAUAAGUUGCCCUGGAGACAGGCAGGGUGGGCAUUUAGCACAGAGGUAGAGAGUAAGAGGCCAGCUGUCUCAAGCCCUUAAGGACCCAUGUUUUUCAACCUCACAAUUGCAUUGGACACCAAUAAGGUGCCAUGAAAGGCAUAUCUAACCAUGAUUUGGCCUACCUUAUGGGCAAGGGCACCAGGAGCACCAGAGAACCCCUAGGACACAAGAGGGAACCAGGCUCAUGUAGUAAGAUGUGACACAAGGGAGAUUUGAACCCAGACUCUGUUUACUAGGUAGAGGUUGUAACCAAUUCAGCCAUGGUGCCUAUGUCAAAAAUGCAUUCUCCUGCUUUUAAAAUUCUUCAGGCUGUGGGAAGGGAUCUGUCUUGUAGGCCCUGGCCCUGUUACCUCUUCCAGCUCCUUUCCUGGGCACACUCACAAGAACAGAUUGAACUGACAGUUGCACCCUGCCACCUCUGUGGGGAUCUCCAAGGUCAAAGGGUUAGCAUGAACCUAAGUUUCUUUGGGGGAGGUGAUGAGUCCCUCUCUCCAAGGCAGAGAAGCUUGCCAUGGCAUUCUUUAACUACAGGCCUCAGGCUCUCUCCCUCUUUCCUUUCCUGUCACUGCUUCCAUUUUCCCAGCAAGUGGAGCUCUUCCUCCAGUCUUCGCUCCCACUUCUCUUUUUCAGUUGAUUUGGUUUGGUGUUUUGUUUUGCCUGGGGAAUUCACACCUUACCAGGGGUAUUUGUUCUUCCCAAUCCCUAUUCUUCUCCUUCCAUCAGAGUUUCUCUCUUGAAGCUUCUGGCCAGUUCCAUUCCAUCAUGAGCCCACUCACUCCCUGUUCCUCUGCAUAUUGUCCAGUUUCUUUUCUGUCAGCUUUAAGCCUACUAAGCAGAGUCCAUUCCUCAUACUUCCCACUUUCUUCCCUCAAAUUCCUUGGCUAUAGCAGCUCAGCUGCCAUCUCACCACUCUACAUCUCUUUCUGUCUGUUAUAUACACCUCCCCACAUCCAAACUUGGGCAAGGUUGCCAGUACAGCCAAAUCCAGGCUCUUUAUUCCAUUCCCUACAGGCUCUUAUUCUCUUGAUGCAGCUUCCACAGUGGCUUUCUACUUUUUGCUAUUUUGAUUUACUGAGUCUCUUCCCAUCUCUUGUGGCUCCUGAGAAUCAGUUUCAAUUCUACAAGCCAUUUUUUGUUUUCUUACUAUGUGCCAGGCACUGGCUGUUCCAGGCCUGGGAGAUUGAGCGUGACCCACGGUCACUGUGCUCAGCAUGUUCCUCAGCCGAGCCCUCCCCUGCCACCACUUUCCUACCACGCCUCAUGACACUGCAUGCCAAAGUGCCCUCUUCCAGGAAGCUUUGGGGGUGUAUGCCCAUUUGCCAUCCAGCCCAACUGCUCUGUGCCUGCCAGAUUUCUAGCUAUUGUCUGAUUUGGUUCCCUCUGAUGGACUGUGAACUUCCCGUGGAUUACCCAAUGAGGGACCUUCAUCUGUAUCCUUAGGGAUCUGUAAUAUGCUCUUUCUGGUCCCUUUCAGUUGAAUAAAGGAUGUAUUGGCUGUGUCAUUGAUUUCCUCUCUUAGUCCUCUCUUCUACUCCUCCCUCCCUUCUCAGCUCUUCUCUCUUGAUAAAAAGGCUGCAAUAGAGUAGGGGACACCAGACAGCUGGGGGAGGGAGUCAUGCAGCCCUGUGCAAGCCCUGUCAUUGCCCCCACCCCCAAAGAUUAACCUGUAGAUGCCACAAAGUAGGCCUCCCUGCCUCCCUCCUGAUGUUCUGGCUCCCAGAAGUCACUCCUCAGUCAGCCAGCAGGAACUCAAUCCAACCUGGAGACUAGGAAGAAGGGAGGAGGUGGGAGCUCAGCAGACCGCCUAGCGGGGCCGUGCCUGGGGUAAGGUGAGCCAGGGCCUAGGAUGCAAAUUUAAGGAGGCCCUCCAUCUCAGGGUUGUCAGGGUCAUUCAAGUGCCGACUCUGCUCUUGGGAGACCCUGACAGUGCUGAACCGGAGCCUGGAGACUGGGUGGUGGUGGUGACUGCAAAUUGACUCCCUAGGCAAAUUUGUAAUAAUUGGAAAUUUUGGGGGAGCUAGGGGAGGCACACACAGUUGGUGUUGGGCAGGAAAAAGGUCCAACAGACUCAUUCACCUUUGAGGGUGAUGAGGCUGGACAUCUGGCAGAGGGUAUCAAGAGGACAGGGUAAGAAAUAGUGUGAGAAAAAACAUGGAAAGCUGGCAUGGGGGAAACCGCCAGCCUUUGACUCACUGACAGGGCCUCCUGCCCCUGUUGCUUCGGUGGGGUGGGGAAAAGAAACCACUUUGCAGGCCUUGGGUGCUACCCAAAGGCUUUGUUCUUCCUCCAGGGCACUUGCCUUACAGAGCUUCAGCCUACUGCUUAGAAGACGAUUCGCCUCUUCUGCAGCUUUCCAAACCCCAGCCAGGCUGUUUUGUCACCAGCCUCCGUGCUUCAUACGUUUCCCUAUCUUCUUGCGUUCACUCUCACUUCCCCCUAGUCACUUGGAGUAAUACUUUUGACAAGCCUGUUCUUUCCCCUAACCAAAAAGGGGAGGAUAGAAGGAACUGACGAAAGGGGGAGGAGAAACAGAGCUAUGUUGUUCACUGAGGCCUGUUCUCUCAGCCAGCUCCAGCGGACUACUGAAAUCCCGACUUCUCCUUACUCUCCUUUCAACGACUUUCCCAGCCACGUCCAAGGCCUUAUGCUGACACCCUCUCAGUCUUCAGUUCCUCUCUUCCAAAUCUUUCAGCUUUUUUUUUUUAAGUCCUUUCCUGACAUGGUGACCCCAUAUUAAUUUCCCAAACAACCUGUUUUCCUGUCCUUGCUGGGCACUUAGGUUUUGGCUGGAGUGUUCUCCAGCCCAACCAGACAGCCUUGUCAUGUUAGAGCUCCCCAGAGGAGGAGGAAGAACAGGAGAGAUCUCUUGCUUUGAGACCACUGACAAAUGGAGAUAUUGCAUGUUCUGAAAACACACCCCUCCCCCAACGUGUUUGAGAACUCCCUCCUGGGCAAGAAACCUCUAAAUCAUUAAAACACUCACUGUAGAAAUGAAUCUAAACUUCUGACCUUUACCUACAUAAAAAAGAUGUCUCGUAGAGUUGAGUAGAUGGUGAGGCCCCACUCAACAUCUGUAACUGCAGUGAAGACAGCACCAGGUUUGCAGUCAAAAAUCAAUUUCUAAAUUGUACAUUUUCUAAAUAUUAGCUUUUUAAGAUCUAAGAGAAUGAGAUGAAGGAGAAAUGAAAUAAUGCGUGCAAAAGUACACAAUGCCCUAUAAGUGAAAAGCUAUAAUAACAAUUACAUGGAAAUUUCUCUUAUUUUUGAACGAGUUACAAUUUAUCUGAUUCUGAAAACAAAUACAAAAAAGAUAUAGUAAAGAGUCUCAUUUCUAUGUAUCCUCUACAAUUCCCAUCACCUUCCCCUCACAAUAGAGAAUCACUUAGGGGUUUUUUGUGUGUAUCCUUCCAGAGUUUCUUCAUACAAUUACAGAGAGAUAUCUUUUCAUUUUACACAAAAGGUAGUAUGGUAUAGUCAACGUCUUGAAUUUUUUUUCUCUUAAUGUAUCUUGGAGAGCUUAUCAUAGAGAAUCUCCCCCUUUUUCCAACUGCAUGCUAUUUCACCAUAUGGAAGCUUCACAGUUUAACCAAUCCCCUAGUGAUACUGAGAUUAUUUCCAUUUUUUUGUUACUAUAAUGCUGCACUAAAUACCUUGGACAUAAGUCUUUUCACAAAUGCAUUAAUAUCUAAAAGAUAAAUUCCUAAAAGUAGUUCUGCUGGGUCAAAGGAUAUUUGCAUUUAUAAUUUUGAAAGCCAAAUUCUCUCCACUGGGGUCAGGGAGAUUUACACUCCCACUAGCAUUGCAUGUGAGUGCCUGUUUCCCCACAGCCUCACCGAUGGAGCAGAUUCUCAAACGUUUUGGAUUGAUUAAAAAUGCUGUCUUAUUGUUUUAAUGUACAUUUCUCUUAUAAGUAAAAUUGCACAUGUUUUUAAAAGCCAUUUGUACUUUUGUUAACUGUUUUUUCCACAACCUUCGAAUAUUUGAUGCUAGAGGGCAUCUAAGGUUUGUUACAACUCUCAAGUCCAACAAUUUUCUGAUCAUCAUUGCACUAGGCAGUUGAGAUAAAAGGAAAGCAAAGAAUUGAGGUCAGGGAUGUUCCAUUUGCUCUGACUAAAGUUAAAAACCCUAAUAUGCUACUAGAAUGUGAGCACUGAAAAGUGGAGAUUAUGUUUUAUCCAUGGCCCAGAAUCUUGCAGGCAUUUAGUCAUUAGUGAACACUAGAGAUGAGAUUAGCUAUUCUUCACAAUUCCUUCCACAGAAGUACCCAGCUUGCAUUAUGAACUAGAUAAUCUGGAUAGCCUGACAAUGAGUUAAGGUCAUUUCUUAUAUUUCAUCAGAGUACAGCCAUCCUAAAACCUAUCAAUGAAAAAUAAUUUGAAAUUAUCAUUGUUAGCUACAUAAGGUCAAGGUCUGGCACUUAAUAAAUUUG